AUGGUUGCGGCAGUCAUCACGGUCGGCAGAUAUUUCGCUGCUGCCUCUCAACUACGUGAAUCAAUAGCGGCCGGGGAUGGUGCUGAGAUCGCGGCUGUUGGUGGUGGGAGCGGUGGGGACAGGAGGGACGUACGUGUGGGAGAUUUGGCGGAGAAGAGUAGGAGUGAGGAUCAGAGGGUCGAGGAGGAUGGAGAUAGUGCCAGUAGGGAUCGGACAGUGAAGGUGGCGGUAGCAGCGGCAUCCACGGUGGUGCUGGGAGUCGGGAAUCGGGUGUUGUAUAAGCUGGCCCUGGUUCCUCUGAAGCAUUACCCCUUCUUUCUGGCUCAGCUUGCUACUUUCGGAUAUGUAGUUGUCUACUUCUCUAUAUUGUAUCUCCAAUAUCAUGCUGGCAUUGUUACGGAUGAAAUGCUUUCCAUGCGAAAAGCUCCAUUUCUUGCUGUUGGUCUCUUGGAGGCCCUUGGUGCUGCUACUGGAAUGGCAGCUGGAGCUAUUCUUUCUGGAGCAUCAAUUCCAAUUUUAUUUCAGACUUUUCUUGUGUGGCAAAUUUCUCUGUCAAUUAUUUUUCUUGGAAGGAGAUAUAGAGUAAACCAGCUACUCAGAUGCUUUUUUGUGGCAGUUGGUGUAAUCAUAACUGUGGCAAGGCAAUGGAUUAGUGCUGGACAUUCAUUGAAGGAAGCUGGUAUAUUUUGGAGCCUUUUAAUGAUAGUUUCAUUUUUGUUUCAAGUGGCCGAUACCGUGCUGAAGGAAGUAAUCUUUUUGGAUGCUGCCCGGAAUUUAAAGGGAGGUUCAGUAGACCUAUUUGUUGUAAAUUCCUAUGGAUCUGCCUUCCAAGCCUUCUUUAUAUGCCUUCUCUUUCCUUUUUUGUUAAAAUUAUGGGGCAUCCCUUUUAGUCAGUUGCCAAACUACCUUAAAGAUGGCGCGGCUUGCUUUCUAAACAUUGGUACUUUGUCAAGUGGAUGUGAUGGUGCUCCACUGCUACCAUUGUUGUUUGUUGCUGUCAAUAUGGGUUUUAACAUAUCAAUGCUGUAUCUGCUCAAGAUCUCUUCUGCAGUGGUGUCUUCCCUUGCUUCUACAUUUUCAGUGCCGAUAUCGGUUUAUGUUUUUACGUUGCGGCUACCAUACCUUGGAGUUGCAUCAUCCCUUCCUAAAGGCUUUGUUACAGGAGCCACAAUUCUGGUCAUGGGCUUGGUCAUCUAUUCCUGGACACCGUCAAUUCCCAAUAGAUGA